AUGGAAGUGAACGAGAAAAAGUGCAAGCUGAUCUCGUUCUACAGGAUUCGGAGCCCAAAUCUUGCGGAGUACAACAUGGGCCGAUCCACACUCGAACGCGUUCACUCCAUCGUGGACUUGGGCGUCACGAUUGACUGCAAGAUGGAAUUCAACCAGCACGUCUCCAUCUCCGUGGCCAAAUCGUACGCUCUGCUCGGUUUCCUUCGAAGAAAUGCUGCUGGUUUCACCGACGUGAGGGUCCUCAAAACGCUGUACUUCUCGCUAGUUCGCAGUGUGUUGGAGUACGCCGUACCGGUGUGGGCGCCGUAUUACGCCGUCCAUCAGCAGAAGAUCGAGAGUAUCCAGCGUCGGUUCGAUGACACGUUACCAUUUAGGGUUACGGUCAUUGGCUGA